GUUGGGUGUGUAGCGUUACUCUGCGGAUCCAUAGAUUCUGUCAUCCAUGGCAGUCUGUUGUAUAUGUCUCUCUGUUCUCGUCCUUAGGUCCUCCCGUCUUUUUAGGGCAGAGCUCAAGUAUUGGUAGAAUAUAGUUUAUGAUAUGGAAUACGUAUAGCGUUUCGCUAACUGUUUUUUAUGGUUCUGUGCUCCAUUGGCGCCCCUUCCGGUGCUUUAAACUGCAGCUGUUGGUUGUCUUUAGACUGUUGGUAAUGUUGGUGCUGUUACAGCUGGCUCCACAGCUCUCCAUGUUUUGUAUACAACAGUCAGUGCCCCGAUUCCUCAGGAUAUCUGUUUUGCCACCUUUCUCCUUUCUCUUCCCCUUCUCGUUCUUGUCCUCCAACUCAGGCAAUUACAAAUCCAUGUCCGUCAUCACCAUCCCCAUUACUGCUCUUCUCCGCCCUCCUCUUCCUCCUGCUGAUCAUCAUCGCUUUCGCCUUGACACUUCAACCAAACCUCCUGUUUGACAGAUAAUAUUGAGACGAGCAAGACUGAGACUUACUAGACCAAUACUUUGUCCCGGAUCCUGUUUGUGGUCCCUGAUUCUGCCCUGACCCCGGCCCUGUAGCCCACAUUUUUCU